UCUUGUUCAAGUGUAUACAAGGGUGGUGGUGAAGAAAGAAGAAGAAGAAGAUGAUGAUGAUGGGGUGGUGGAGGGAGCGGGGGCCGGUCGCCGUGAUGGUCGCCGCCGACGUCGGGUUCGCGGUGAUGAACGUGAUGAUCAAGAAGGUGAUCGACGAGGGGAUGGACCGCCUCGUAAUCGUCACGCUUCGUCAGCUUGUCGCAACAUUCUUCAUGGCCCCUAUCGCGUUUUUCUAUAAAAGGAAGACGAGACCAAAACUUACGGGCGAGAUCUUCGUUUAUCUCUUCUUCAGUGCAUUAUUUGGUGCCUCUCUACCACAGUACCUGUUCUUUGUCGGGCUGCAGUACACGUCGGCGACAUUCUCAUGCGCAUUCCUCAACAUGGCUCCGAUAUUCACCUUCCUCAUCGCUUUACCGCUACGGUUGGAGACACUGGACCUGAAGAGCAAAGCUGGGAUGUCAAAGUUGCUAGGAACAAUCACAUGCCUGAGUGGUGCAAUUCUGCUCACUCUCUACCAAGGCCCAGUCCUACCCCACAAGCACUCAACACAAACCCUAAUAAAACCCUACCAUAUGGGGUACAGCUCCAACACAAAGCAGUGGAUGGUUGGGUCCAUUGCCCUCCUAGCUGGGUGCCUCUGUUGGGCUUCUUGGUUCUUGCUGCAAUCUAAAGUGUGCAAGAAAUACCCUGCCAUUUAUUCUGCUACUGCUCUCAUAUUCUCACUGAGCUUUGUACAAGCUACUGCAUUUAGUUUGGCUACUCAGAAGAGCAUCUCUGUGUGGGUUCUGAAGAAGAAGUUAGAGAUCAUUACCGUCGUAUUCUCGGGAGUGGUGGGAUCAGGAUUAGGGUUCCUGGCAAUGUCAUGGUGUGUGGGGAAGAGAGGCCCAGUCUUCACUGCUGCAUUCACUCCUCUCAUACAAAUCAUGGUGGCUGCCUUUGAUUUCUCCAUCCUCCAUGAACAGCUUCACCUUGGAAGCAUCUUGGGCUCUGCUCUUGUGAUUAUGGGGCUCUAUUUCCUUUUGUGGGGCAAAAGCAAAGAGGCUCAAUUAAGCAAUGGAGUUAAGCCUAAUGAGGAGCAUGUUGAACAACCCCCUGUGCAAGUACAAACUGUUUAGUUAACAAAAGAAGAGGUUCACUUUUAAAGUACCAUUAUUUAAAGUUGAGCUUUGUUGCAACCAUAUGUAAGUUUGAGAUUUUGAUUUGAGGAACAUCCACUUAAUUUAUGCAAAAAUGUUGAAGGUUUAAUUUGGAUUAUAAUAGGCCAAAUCGGCAUGUUUAGGGCUUUUUCAUGAGAAA